AUGCAAGACCUGCACGGCGCUUGUGCACUGGAGCCUGACCUAGUCCUUGCAAGCCACAUUGCCCUUCGCGGUGUGCCAACAGAGGUGCUGGGCACAUCAGCACCUGCUCCACUACCCACAAGCCGUGCUACGGAGUGCUGGGCAGCACUGAUUCAGCGUCAUCCUUGGCUCUGGACUUCAGCUCGGCCAAGCAGGGCGGUCCUUCACGUAGCCCUGCUCGACGGAACCGAUCCAUUUCUGCUCGACCUGACCCUCCGCUACGCGACUCUGCAGGCUCGGCGUCCAGACGAGGUCGUGCUGCUGACCGCUGGUCAGCCUGUUCUGGAGGACGUUCCCGAAAUUGAUGCCAAGGCACUUGGAGGUGCCUCUGUUCAUAUUGAAGGAGGCCGUGGUGUGGUCGUCUCGCGUAGUGGUCGGAAGCUGCCUGUGGCUCUGCAUCACUUUCUCGCGACCUUGGCGGGGAAGGUGGGGACGAUCAUACAUACUGCUCAAGGACGCGGACCGGGACUGUCAGUACUCCGAUGUUCAGGACCUUCUUGUGGUCCGAAACCUCUUCUGGGUGAGGUGUUCCUCAGGGAGCUCGAGCCCUCCACGGCUUUGCUUUUCUGCUCUGCCGAGCGGCUGGCCAAUGAGAGGCUUGUCGAGGAGAACGUGGCUUGCCUGAAGUCUUGUGCACCACGCUGCUCGCCGCAGACCUGGUGUGGGCAAGCAACUACGCGAGAGGACGGGGCGCUAUAUGACUUGAGUAUCACGCGAGCUGCGGGGUACCGAGACCACAUGGCUAGGUGA